GGCACUUCCAGAGGCUGCAGCCUUCCUGCUGGAUGUCCUGCCGAGCCGUGGAAAACCCCAGAAAGUCUCGGUGCCAGAUGAAGUUUCACGGAUUUCUCUGUCAGGUCAGUCUCCGAGGCAGGGCAGGGUGGUGAACGCUGCGUGUGGCUGUUCACUCUGGUUGAAUUUCUCAGUGUUUCAUUCUAACGGUUUCUCCUGACUCAAACCCUUAAAGCUGGCAUGAGAGGCUUUUGUUUUUCUCUUAUUUCAGCUUUCCUCUCCCCUGUGACCACAGGGUUAAACUAAACAAAACGUAGGGAGGAUGCAGGUGGCUGAGAGGUGAGCAGUGCUGGAGUGCUGACUUGGGUUUGGGAGGAAUAACCUCACCGAGGGUCUGAGCUUCAUCUGGGAUGGAACAGGCUCUCUGUAAAGAUUUUGUUUGAAGGAGUCCCUAAGUAUACAGGGCCCCUCCUCUCCAAAACGUUCCUGGAGCUUUGCUCCAGGUGUUAACCUGUGUUUCUGGGAGCACAAACAGUGCAGAAAUUCUCUCUUUGGGUGUGCACUGAUGCAGACUUUAAUUACCUGCUGGGUGUAAGGCACCAAGCCUGGGAGGUGCUGAUAAGCGAAGGAGGUGAUGAAAUCCUGUGAUGGUGUCAGCAUCCCAUGGGAGCAGGGCUGGCCCCGCUGCUCUGACAGUGCUGUUCCUUUGCAGAUGCCCGUGGGGUUGGACACUCACUAGCAGAGAGCUGAAGCCCCCAGCCUGUGCCCGGCAGAGCAGGAUGCGGGUCACCACGCGCAGGGUGCUGCUGCUGGUGGGCUCGGUGGCGGCCCUGAUGGUGACCCUGCACCUCGGGCAGCAGGUCCUGGAGUGCCAGCAGGUGCUGAGCGAGAGGAGGCACAGGCUGAUGAGGCCCGAGAACGAGGAGCUGGUGAUGGUGGACGCCAACCACGUGGAGUACCGGUACAGCAAGGACAUGCCGCUGAUCUUCAUCGGCGGCGUCCCCCGCAGCGGCACCACGCUGAUGAGGGCCAUGCUGGACGCGCACCCCGAGGUGCGCUGCGGGGAGGAGACCCGCAUCAUCCCCCGCGUGCUGGCCAUGCGCCAGGCCUGGUCCAAGUCCGGCCGCGAGAAGAUGCGCCUGGACGAGGCGGGGGUGACGGACCAGGUGCUGGACGCGGCCAUGCAGGCUUUCAUCCUGGAGGUGAUCGCCAAGCACGGCGAGCCCGCCAGGUACCUGUGUAACAAGGACCCCUUCACGCUGAAAUCCUCCGUGUACCUGUCCCGGCUGUUCCCCAACUCCAAGUUCCUGCUGAUGGUGCGGGACGGGCGCGCCUCGGUGCACUCCAUGAUCACGCGCAAGGUGACGAUCGCCGGCUUCGACCUGAACAGCUACCGGGACUGCCUGACCAAGUGGAACAAGGCCAUCGAGGUGAUGUAUUCCCAGUGCCUGGAGAUCGGCCGCGCCCGCUGCCUGCCCGUCUACUACGAGCAGCUGGUGCUGCACCCCGAGCAGUCCAUGCACAACAUCAUGAGGUUCCUGGACAUCUCCUGGAGCGACACGGUGCUGCACCACGAGGAGCUCAUCGGGAAGCCCGGCGGGGUGUCCCUUUCCAAGAUAGAGAGGUCAACAGACCAGGUGAUCAAGCCGGUGAACAUGGAGGCGUUAUCCAAAUGGAUCGGGCACAUCCCGGGGGAUGUGCUGCAGGACAUGGCCCACAUCGCCCCCAUGCUCGCCAGGCUCGGCUACGACCCCUAUGCCAACCCCCCCAACUACGGCCACCCCGACCCCCUGGUUGUCAACAACACGCACAGAGUUUUAAAGGGGGAUUAUAAAACUCCAGCCAAUCUCAAAGGUCACCUACAGGUGACUCAGAACACGUCAUCUUCUCACUAAGAAAAUUAAUGAUUUCCAGAACGCUGCCAAUGGCCUGUUGUUGCCUGAGAAGGAAGAGUGUGCAGUGGGCCCGUGGAAAUCGGUUCUCCAAGCAUAUUGCUUGCUCCUACUGUUGCCAAAUGACUGCGCUCCAGGAAUGUAUUUGCAUUUAUUUGCAAAGGCCAAACGUGCUCCACGGCGGGAACAUCCCCGGCCUCUCCCAGCGCUCCGUGGGGAAUGCAGCUGUGGAAAUCCGGGUGGGGACGGGAGGAGAUUCCCUGUGCCGAGGCUGGAGGACUCUGUACAUCGCGUUUGUGUCUCGUGAUCUGCCCCCCGUUCCCGGUGUGGGGAACAGCCCUCCCCUCCCUGCUGUUCCGUAUUCCUGGGAUCGGGAAGAGCCGCCCUGGUCCUGCUGUUCCCAAUUCCCAGGGUCAGGAACAGCCCCCUGGCCCUGCACAGCCUUUGUGGUGUGUGUGCCCUCCUCCCCACUCCCCCUCCCCGACCCUGCAGAGGCUAUUGCAGAGUUAAUAUAUGACCCCCCUCCCCCCCCCCAGCCCCGGUGUCGAACACCAUUAAAGUGUUGAUUUGA